UGUUCACCCGUUGGACGAAAAGACUUUUUUCUCAGAAUUUUGGACUGCUAGAAUAACUGUAAGUUUGUUUUUCUUCAAGCUAGAACUUCAUCUUUCAUAGUUUGUUCUUGUGGAUUCUCCUCUGAUGUUUGGAGAACAUGUUCAGGUUUUGUUCCAGCUCAGAGUUUGACCUCUCUCUGUUUGAAUACACAUCUCCAGGACCUGCGACACCUCUCACAGUAAAACAUUUCUUUCAUGAAUCAUAUGUUUAGCUCUGAUGGAUCACAUUAUCUACUCUUCUGGGUUGAUCUUUCUGCAGUAUUUUAGGUCUCCUCUGCCAUGGUGUCUCCUUUAACAUCGUUCUUUUUGUUUCUUGUUUUCAUAUCUUACAUUGGAUGUAGAUUGUGUCUUUUUAUCAUUGCCAUAAAACGUAACAAAUAUUGUCUGUUAUUAAACGUUUUUUUAACGUGUCAUGAGCGAUGUCAUGAGCAGUCACAUGGAUAGAAGAAGAGCUGCCAGAUAUCUGGACUGGACCAGUGGACGUCAUUAGAGACAGGAGGGAAGCGAACUGAGCUUUAAUGAAUGCACGGUUCCGUGCUCCUCCAAGGAAUGGACUGGAAUGGAGGAAAUUAUUUUUUACUGUUGUUAACAUGAGAAAUAAGGUUAUCAAUGAAACUCAGAAGGAUGCAAAUAAAAAUGAGGCCUGAGAUUGUGUUUUAAAUUGUUUUAAAAUGCAUACCCCUGUUGGGCUUUAUUAGACAUUUUUCCAUGCAUAAAGGUUCAUAAUUUAUCGGAUCAGAAGAAAAAUAUGAAGGCUGAGCCAUAAAUGUGUCUAAAGUUUUAAUUUUGGUCCACUGCAGAUUGGAGCUUGACACCCUGCUCCAGUGCUUUCAGAGUUGACCUGAAUGAAAGUAACGAGAAUGAAGCUUCUAGUUAAAGUGAAUCAGUUUGUCAAUGAAUGGACAUCAGCUCCAUGGCUCCACCUAGUGGACUGAUGCAGCUACCUCUGCGCUGAGCUCAUGCUGAUGAUGUUAAACAGAAAACAAGAGCUUUCUUGGUAGAUCUCUGUAGAGCAAAAAUGAUUGAAUUAGGGUUGAUGUUCAGAUGAAUGAUUUGUGUUUCCUCUGCAGGUGAAGCUAGAAAGUGUGUGUGAGCAGAUGUGAAGUGAAUUCAGCGGCAUGGAUCAGUAUGAGGACAGAGAGGAGGGAGUCCCUCCCUCUAAAACCACUCUAUGUGGAGAACAUGAGGACCAGAGCAAAGGUCAGAGGAUUCAUCAGAAAGUCAAACCUGAGGGACCCAGUUGUGUGUCGUUUAGCAGCGACAAGUCCAUGUUUCAGAACAUUGAGUUCGCAUCCCACCGUCCUCCAGCUUCUAAGAGAGACGACUGGCAGAGCUUAGAUGUUCCCAUUGAUCAAUCUGGCCGGCAGGAUCCAACUCAGCUGGACUCCAUAUUUAUGCUGCUGGAGGACAACAUUGUUACUUUUGUGAGAAAGGAGCUGAAGAUCAUCCAGACAUUUCUGAGCACUAACAGUCCAGAACUCUUUGAGAAUCAGAAAGAAGAUGAGGAGGUGUUGGAAGGUGACGAUGAAGAGCAGAGGAGGAGCAGCAGAAAAGCGUUAGUGAAGAUCGCUCUGAAUUUUCUGAAGAGGAUGAAUCACGAGGAGCUGGCUGUGAGUCUGCAGAGAAAACAUCGUGCUGCUGUUUGUGAGCCUAAACAUAAAACAUCUCUGAAGAAGAGGUUCCAGUGUGUGUUUGAGGGGAUCGCUAAAGCAGGAGGUCCAACUCUUCUGAACCAGAUCUACACAGAGCUCUACAUCACAGAGGGAGGGACUGGAGAGGUCAAUGAUGAACAUGAGGUCAGACAGAUUGAAACAGCAUCCAGGAAACCACACAGACCAGAAACAACCAUCAGACAAGAAGACAUCUUUAAAGUCCCACCUGGAAGAGAUCAACCAAUCAGAACAGUGAUGACAAAGGGAGUGGCUGGCAUUGGGAAAACAGUCUUAACCCAGAAGUUCACUCUGGACUGGGCUGAAGACAAAGCCCACCAGAACAUCCAGUUCAUAUUUCCAUUCACCUUCAGAGAGCUGAAUGUGCUGAAAGAGAAAAAGUUCAGCUUGGUGGACCUUGUUCAUCACUUCUUUACUGAAACCAAAGAAAUCUGCAGCUUUGAACACUUCCAGGUUCUGUUCAUCUUUGAUGGUCUGGAUGAGAGUCGACUUCCUUUGGACUUCCACAACAAGGAGAUCCUGACUGAUGUUACAGAGUCCACCUCAGUGGAUGUUCUGCUGACAAACCUCAUCAGGGGGAAACUACUUCCCUCUGCUCUCCUCUGGAUAACCACACGACCUGCAGCAGCCAAUCAGAUUCCUCCUGAGUGUGUUGGCAUGGUGACAGAGGUCAGAGGGUUCACUGACCCACAGAAGGAGGAGUAUUUCAGGAAGAGAUUCAGUGAUAAGGAGGAGAAGGCCAGCAGGAUCAUCUCCCACAUGAAGACAUCAAGAAGCCUCCACAUCAUGUGCCACAUCCCAGUCUUCUGCUGGAUCACUGCUACGGUUCUGGAGGAUGUGUUGGAGACCAGAGAGGGAGGAGAGCUGCCAAAGAUGCUCACUGAGAUGUACAUCCACUUCCUGCUGGUUCAGUUCAAAGUAAAGAAGGUCAAGUAUGAUGGUGGAGAUGCAACAGAUUCAGACUGGAGUCCAGAGAGCAGGAAGAUGAUUGAGUCUCUGGGAAAACUGGCUUUUGAUCAGCUGCAGAAAGGAAACCUGAUCUUCUAUGAAUCAGACCUGACAGAGUGUGGCAUCGAUAUCAGAGCAGCCUCAGUUUACUCAGGAGUGUUUACAGAGAUAUUUAAAGAGGAGAGAGGGCUGUACCAGGACAAGGUGUUCUGCUUCGUCCACCUGAGUGUUCAGGAGUUUCUGGCUGCUCUUCAUGUUCAUCUGACCUUCAUCAACUCUGGUGUCAACCUGAUGGAAGAAAGACAGAAUUUCCUUUGGUUGUGGUGGUUCUUUCUGUUUAGAAAAAAGGUUGAGCCAGCAAGCUUUUAUCAGAGAGCAGUAAACAAGGCCCUAGAGUUUCCAAACGGACACCUAGACUUGUUCCUUCGCUUCCUCCUGGGACUUUCACUGCAGACCAAUCAGAGUCUGCUACAAGGUCUGAUGUUGCAGAGAGGAACUAACACAAAGACGAACCAAGAAACAGUCAAAUACAUCAAGGACAAGAUCAAUGAGGAUCUUACUGUGGAGAAAAGCAUCAAUCUGUUCCACUGCCUGAAUGAACUUAAUGAUCAUUCUCUUGAGGAGGAGAUCCAACAGUCUCUGAGAUCAGGAAGUCUCUCCACAGAUAAACUGUCUCCUGCUCAAUGGUCAGCUCUGAUCUUCAUCUUACUGUCAUCAGAUAAACAUCUAGAUGUGUUUGACCUGAAGAAAUACUCUGCUUCAGAUGAUGUUCUUCUGAAGCUGUUGGCUGUGGUCAAAGCCUCCAACAGAGCUAUACUGAGUGGCUGUAACCUCUCAGAGACAAGCUGCAAAGCUCUUGCUUCAGUUCUCAGCUCCCAGUCCUCUAGUCUCAGAGAACUGGACCUGAGUAACAACAACCUGCAGGAUUCAGGAGUCAAGCUUCUAUGUGCUGGACUGGAGAGUCCAAACUGCAAACUAGAGGUUCUCAGCCUAUCAGGCUGCCUGAUCUCAGAGGAAGGCUGUGCUUCUCUGGCAUCAGCUCUGAGCUCCAACCCCUCCCAUCUGAAAGAGUUGGACCUGACAUACAACCAUCCGGAAGAAUCAGGCAUGAAGCUGCUGUCGGCUGGAUUGGGGGAUGCACAGUGGAGACUUGAAACCCUCAGGGUGGAGCAUAAUGGAGACCGAUGGUUGGUACCAGGUCUGAGAAAGUAUUUCUGUCAGCUCACAAUCGACACAAACACAGUGAACGGCAAACUCCGGCUGUCUGAUGACAACAGGAAGGUGACACGUGUGGAGGAGGAACAGUCGUAUCCUGAUCAUCCAGACAGAUUUGAUGUCUGGCCACAGUUACUGUGUCAAAAUGAGCUGACUGGUCGCUGUUACUGGGAGGUUGAAUGUAAAGGAGAGGUUGCUAUAUCUGCCAGUUACAGACGAAUCAGAAGGAAGGGAGCCAGUGACGAUGCUGUGUUUGCAGUUAAUGAUCACUCAUGGAGUCUGAAGUGUUCCAAUAAUGGCAGUUACUCUUAUUGUCACAAUAAGAUACAAACACCCAUUUCCUCCUCUUCCUCCUCCUCCUCCCCCACCACCUCGCCCUCUUAUUUAUCCCCUUUUUCUUACUUCUUCUCCUCUCCAUCCUCCUCCACCAUCUCUAACAGAGUAGCAGUGUAUGUGGACCAUCCUGCUGGCACUCUGUCCUUCUACAGAGUCUCCUUGGACUCACUGAUCCACCUCCACACCUUCAACACCACAUUCACUGAACCUUUGCAUCCUGGGUGUGGAUUGUGGUCUGAUUUCUCAGUGUUUCUGUGCUGAGUAGAACAUCUCCUUUCUUCUUCCUCAUUUUUCUGUUUCUCAUCAAAGCCUCACCGUGAAUAUCAGCAUGUUGCAUUAGCUGCACACAAACUGUAAUCAGAAAGGAACCUCCAACAGUUCCACGCAUCAAUUUCUGUAGAUUGGAGCAGUUUGCACUUAUUUCAGUAUCAGGUUGAGGUUGUUCUGAUAGAGAAAAAUGUUUAAAACUUUAUUGAUUUAAUAAACAGGGAUCUCCAGGUCCAGAUCUGAUGAGGCAUUCCUCAAAGCUUUAAGAACAGCAUCCGACCGCAGUGAUGCUGCAGGAUGUAAAAACCCAGUGGAAAGACUGAUCCAAUGAAUCAUUUAAAUACAUAUCAGAUUGUAAAAUGAUUAAAUUUAGUUUAUACAAUUAUACUGCAAAUGUAAUAACUUAUAUAGUUACAUCAGAAUAACAUAAAAGCACGUGUAUGUUAAUACAUCCGGUUAAUUUCUACUUAAUAAAUACAAAAGGUUUUGAUUUCUA